AUGUCUCGAGCCAAAGUUCUUCAUCUAGCGGCGCGCAGCUUCCUCAACUACAACCAGAUCAUCACGCUCGACAGCGCUUCGUCUCCGCUAAGCCCCUACUUCACUCGCUGCUCGACGCUACGAGAGCGGGUGUACAUGUACCUGGUAUGUCUAAUUCCACCAGACCAGACCAUUGACCUCGCAGGUUUCCUUAAUGGCGCGAGACAAGCUGCGCACGCCUGGACCAGCAAGUUGGAAGCGCAGCGAAUGACAUUGCGCCUUCCUGUCGGUACCAAAUUUAAGCUGGAGAAGCUUGAGGUGCACGAUGUGAGACUGGCGGGGGCAGAGUAUGAAUACUCGGACGCUGCGAUGGACCAAAACAAUGACACGUGCAGUAUUUACCACAUGAACGAGGCCGUGCGGUUGAAAGUGCGAUAUGUCGUCACCGAGCACUUGCUGGCGUCGAGACAGGAUGGGGGCGACUAUAACCCAACGAGGCAUACGGUAAAGACGACGUUCGACUGGAGUUUCUACUCGGACGUAUCUCGCGCACAGCUUGUGGACUGGCAUAUCACGAAAGCGACUCCAUUUAAAGUUGAGCCGAUAGCGAGCAAGUGA